AUGUCCGACAUUGAAAAUAAUAGACCAAAAACUGAUCAUUCAAGCUCUGAUAAUCUUACUAGAGUAGGGGACUAUGACCCUAUAGGAGCCAGGUCAGAUAGACCGCCUUUGGAUCAACGUGAAUCAAAGAAGUCUGGUUAUGGUUUAUUUCCUUAUAGACCUAGGUACCCAAAGCUUCGUGUAGGUUCAGAAACCAUCAGAGGUCAUUGUGUGGCAGCCUUUGGUGAGUUCUGCGGGACCUUUAUGUUCUUGUGGUGUGCCUAUGUGAUUGCGAAUAUUGCCAAUCACGAUGUCUCGUUGGAGGCAACGGCUGACGGAUCACACCCUGGUCAAUUGAUUAUGAUUGCCCUAGGUUUUGGUUUUUCUGUUAUGUUUUCUGUCUGGUGUUUUUCCGGUGUCUCUGGUGGUGCUUUGAACCCUGCAGUGUCCUUGAGUUUGGCACUGUCAAGGGCUAUCAAGCCAACUAGAUGUCUUGUUCACUGGAUCGCCCAGAUGUUGGACGGUAUGGCUGCUGGCGGUGCUGCACACGCUAUGACUCCAGGGGGAGUUCGCUUUGCAAAUAGUUUGGGUUUAGGAUGUUCCAGAAGUCGUGGUUUGUUCAUAGAGAUGUUUGAAACAACAAUCUUGUGUUUUACUGUUCUAAUGACUGCCAUUGAAUCGAAAGACGGAUCUUUCAUGGCUGCUUUGCCCAUCGGUAUCUCGCUUUUUAUCUCACACUUGGCUUGUACUGCUUACACAGGGACAGGUGUUAAUCCUGCCAGGUCCUUCGGCGCCGCAUUGGCUGCUAAAUCUUUCCCAACCUACUUUUGGAUUUACUGGAUUGGUCCUCUUCUGGGUGCUAUCUUGGCCUCAGCUAUCUGGCAAGCACUACAAUGGCUAAAUUAUGCCGAUGUUGUUGCUCUGGAAAAAAAAGCCAAGGAGGAGGUAUUAGCUUAA